AUUGACCCUUUUCUUCAAUACUAUUCGUUGGACUAAGAAGCUGAUCAAAAAGGAUGCAGUCUUCCCGGCUUUUUCUUCUCGUCGUCGUUUUUCUAGCCACGGGCCAUGGCGAACAAAGGUGUGUGGGAUCCAUAGGUCCCCAAGGUCCUCCCGGAAGAAGUGGGGCCCCAGGUCUACCAGGACCACAAGGUGAAAAAGGAGAGAGAGGAUAUCCGGGACAACCAGGCCUAUCUGCAUAUGAGGACCCUAAUCUGCAAAACAAACUCUGGGCGCUGGAACACAGAAUUACCCGGCUGGAAAAAGCCUUGACUUUGAACGGAAAGAUUGUCAUCGUCGGGGGGAAACUGUUCGCCAGCACGGAGGUAGCAGAUGAUUUUGACAACACGGUAAAGAUUUGCAAAGCAGCUCACGGGACCAUUGCGACCCCACGGAACGAAAAGGAGAACAACGCUGUCAAGAGCUUCGUGAUCAGGGCCAACACGUACGCUUAUCUGGGCUUUACAGAAGGGCACGUUCCUGGGGAAUUCCAGUUCUUGAAUGGGGUUCCUUUGAACUACACCAACUGGUACGAGGGCGAGCCAAAGGGGAAAGGGGCAGAGAAGUGUGUGGAGAUGUAUCUGGAUGGCACCUGGAAUGACAAAAUAUGCAGCAAAUCCCGCCUCACUGUCUGUGAAUUUUAAGUCACACCCAAUCACAGACCUCGGGGGUUGUCCUAGGGGUGUCAUUGCGGACACCCUGCAUGGUAUAAUGCCUAGUGGGUAGGACUACCUACUCAACUAUGAAACUCAUGGAGUGAACAUGUGCCAGUUUCUCUCUCAGUCAAAUCUACCUCACAGGGCUGUUGUGAGGAUAAAUAAGGGAAAGGACCGUAUUUACUGACCUGCAGUCCUCAAAGGAAGGGCUAGGGGGAAGUGAAAUUAAUACAUAAUUGAAGGUUCCUUGUGAAGAGACUGAUUAAUGAUUGAUUAUUCUGUGCCAGUAAAGGGAAAUCAAUAAAAUACGAUGCAUCUAA